GUGAAUCCUUGAAGUUCGCCUACGUCGAGUAUGAGAGCAGCUCGUGUCUCCUGCCUGGGUGUUGCGAUGGAAGUCGGAAAGUUUGAAGACUCCGGGAAUGACUGUGGAGUCUGUUAAUGGCUGACGGAUAGAACUGCUCUGUAAUCUCGGCUCGUAUUUCCCUGGAGGUCAGUAGCAUCAUGGCUAAUGAUGACGACUGUGUGGGUCUGACUGAAGAACAGCUCGAGUCCAUCAGAAACAACCAUGAAGAACGUGAGUUUUUCGUGGUGCAUUAUCUGAAUGAUCUAAAGGAAAGGGGCGUGUCUUCGCUGCUUCAUAACACGCCCAUCACCUGCAGAGUGGAGAACACUGAGAGAUAUACCACUCGCUCCAAGGUGCGUGUCUGUUCUCUGUACACGGUGCGUCUGACCCAUGGUGAAUUCUCCUGGACCAUAAAGAGGAAGUAUAAGCAUUUCCAUGACCUGCAUAGAGACUUGUACAAACACAAGAUGAUGCUGCAGUUCCUCCCACUUGGGAGGUUUGCCAUUCAGAGGCAGCAGCUGGAGAGCAUGACUGAGGAGAUGCCCUCUCUGCAUGGUACUGAGAGAAUGGGCAGGACGUCCAGCAAGCCGAAAUACCUGGAAGAGUACCUAAACAGCCUUCUGGAGAACUCUUUCUGCAAGAACUACAGUGGCAUGCUGGAGUUCCUCGGAAUCAGCCCGCUGUCCUUUAUCAAAGACCUUGGACCCAAAGGCCUUGAGGGGUUUAUACUGAAGAGAUCAGGAGGUCACCGGAUCCACGGCCUCAACUGUUUCGGCCACCAUCAGUUCUGUUUCCGCUGGUCGCAUCGCUGGCUUGUGGUCAAGGAUUCGUUUCUGCUUUAUAUGUCCAGAGAACCAGGCCUGGUGUCCUUCGUGCUGCUCUUUGACCCCGAGUUGAAAGUCCUGGUGGAUCGGCGCUACACGGACACCAAACACGGCGUGUGCAUCGAGACCGUCAGCAGAAAGCUGAUCAUUAAGUGCAAUAGCUACCGGCAGGCCCAGUGGUGGAGUCAUGAGAUCCGGCGUCUGUCUGAACGCUGCGAUUUUCUCCAGCUCCACCGCUUUGACGGCUUCGCCCCACCCAGACCGGACUCCCUCACCAAAUGGUACGUGAACGGGAGCGGGUAUUUCUCUGACCUGGCAGACGCACUGGAGAAGGCGAAGGAGGAGAUCUUUAUCACCGACUGGUGGUUAAGUCCUGAAGUUUACCUCAAGCGUCCGGCUAAAGGGACGUACUGGCGACUGGACCAGAUCCUCAAGCGCAAAGCAGAACAAGGAGUGAAGGUGUGUGUGCUGUUGUAUAAAGAGGUAGAGCUGGCCCUGGGCAUUAACAGCGACUAUAGUAAAAGAACCCUAAUGGGUCUGCACCCAAAUAUCAAGGUGAUGCGUCAUCCUGAUCACAUGGCCUCCACCAUCAUCCUGUGGGCUCACCAUGAAAAAAUGGUGGCCAUCGACCAAUCGGUGGCCUUCGUAGGCGGGCUGGACCUCGCCUUCGGGAGAUGGGACGACAGUAACUACAGGUUGUUUGAUGUCAUGCAAACGGAAACAGCCAAUCACGAGGCGCGUCCGGUUCCAGAGACUGAAGGAGAGGAUGUGGUUAAUGUUCCUCUCACUGGCGGAACGCUGGCAGGAGGUUGUGAUGAGGUGGAUUUGAGCUGUAACACGAUGUUAUGGUUAGGAAAAGAUUAUAGUAACUUCAUCAAGAAGGACUGGAUACAGCUGGACCAGCCUUUCCAAGACAACGUGGACCGGGCGCACGUGCCGCGUAUCCCGUGGCGUGACCUCGGAGCCGUGGUUCAUGGGAAGGCAGCCAGGGACCUGGCACGCCACUUUAUACAGCGCUGGAACUUCACCAAGAACUUUAAGAUAAAAUAUAAAGCCAAGUUUUACCCAAACCUGCUGCCCAAGAGUCACACUACUGCCAGUGAGCUUCCCUUCAUCGUGCCUGGAACAGCCAGAGCAUCUGUACAGGUGCUUCGCUCGGUCGAUCGCUGGUCAGCUGGAGUAUGUGAGAGUUCCAUCCACAAAGCUUACAUAGACACCAUAGAGAAAAGCCAGCACUACAUUUAUAUAGAGAAUCAGUUCUUCAUUAGCUGUGCUGAGACUGUUCACAACUCCAUAGGAGACACUAUUGUCAAGAGGAUCCUGCGGGCACACAGUGAGAAACAGAAGUACAGAGUGUUUGUGGUGAUUCCUCUCCUACCCGGAUUCGAGGGAGACAUCAGUGAGGGAGGAGGCAACGCCAUCCAGGCUAUACUGCAUUUUAUCUACAGGACAAUAAAUCGAGGAAAGAACUCCAUUCUAUCCCGACUCAAGGAACAGAUGCAGGAUGAAUGGACGCAGUACAUCUCUGUGUGUGGCGUGCGGACGCACGGCAAUCUCGGCCAUACCCCCGUCACCGAGCUCAUCUACGUCCACAGCAAGGCGCUGAUCGCAGACGACCGCCGCUACAUCAUCGGUUCAGCCAACAUCAACGACAGGAGCAUGAUGGGAUACCGGGACAGCGAGCUGGCCGUGCUGGUGGAGGACGAGGAGAGGGUUCCGUCCCGAAUGAACGGAGAGGAGUACGAAGCAGGGCCUCUGGCACUCGCACUGCGCAAGGAGUGUUUCAGGGUGCUGUUGGGGGCCGAUUCGGACCCCUCGUUAGACAUAGACGAUCCCCUGACUGAUCAUUUCUUCAGUGAGGUGUGGAAUAAAAUCGCCCAGUCGAACGCUUCCAUCUAUGAAACCGUCUUCCGGUGCCUUCCGUCAGACUCGAUCCGUAACCUGCGAGAGCUGCAGGAACACGUCAGCGCCCCGGCUUUGGCCCAGAGCGACCCGGAGAAGGCCGGCGAGGAGCUGCGCACCAUCCGCGGCAUCCUCGUCCACUUCCCACUGCACUUCCUGUGCGAGGAAAACCUGCUUCCUCCAGCCGGCAGCAAGGAGAGGAUGGUUUCUCUGGACGUGUGGACAUAGUAGACGUGCAGCAUGUUUAAAAAAAAAAAGAAAAGAAAAAAAAAGAAAAAUCAGACUCUAAUCCAGUCACUAAUAUCUGUUCUGUAGUCAGCGUUUUGGUGAGAUAGCAGACCAAAGCUUUUCCUGUCUGUGGUGAUGUGAUGGAGGAUCUGGCUCGGCGCUCGGGAAGCGAUUAGCCAAACUCAAAGUGACUCACAUCUCACUCUGCGGGAGCAAGAGGAAGUGCGCGAGGAUCUCCUGCAGAGGAUUUUACUCAAAAUGGCUCAGUGGAAGCUGGAGAGAGAGCUGGGCUGCUGUAGAUCUGUAAAAUGGCACCGUGUGUGUGUGUGUGUGUGUGUGUGUGUGUGUGUGUGUGUGUGUGUGUGUGUGUGUGUGUGUGGACUGCUUAUGGAUGAAAUGUUCAGGACAGAACGUACAUUUUGUGUUGCAGUGGCGUGUAGGCGGACUGCACCACUCUCUCAACCUCUUUUCCUAUAUCUCUUUAUUCUCUCUCUCUCUCUCUCUCUCUCUCUCUCUCUCUGGUGCUACACCUCACGGUGCGGCGGCAGCAGAUCUGUGCGAACAUUUGCGGUUGUUAUGGUGACAGGUAGAAAAGAGCUGACUGCAAGAGAGAGAGAGAGAGAGUGAGAAGGAGGGAAGAGCGGAAACGAGAGGGGAAAUGUAGAUAAAUGGCAGACGGGAUGCAGUAAGGAGGGAAUCGGUUUUAAAUGUUUUUUAUAUGGUGAUUGAGGAGAGGGGGAUGGAGGGGUGGUGUAAAUGGAUGAUGUAGGGGUGCACAGGGAAGUGAAGUGUGUGGGAGAAUGAGUAAGUGUGUGUGUGUGUGUGUGUGUGUGUGUGUGUGUGUGUCCUGCAAUAAUCUCCCUCCCUCUGGGAAUUCGGGUUAUGUAAUACAGCUGUUCUCAAACUCCAUGAUUGUUCGGAGAGGGAGGGAGAAAAACUCAACCAAGCGCCGAGAGAAACGAACACAGACGCAACCUGGCCAGCGCCGUGCAUCUAAUCCCAGCAGUUUCCUGUUUACGACAGGAAAUAAAAACAAGACAUAAAGGUGAGGCGAGGCAGACGUGAGAAAGCUCAUUAAUCCAGCUUUCAAACAAAUCCCGGGUCCGCUUUCUUCCGGCCGCGUCUCAAUCGGCUUCCUACAUCCCUAGAAACGGUAUACGGUGUAGACGGGUUCACACGGUGAAACUCGAGUUCUGCCGACGUUAAAACGUCCUCAUCGGCCCUCGAUUGUAAACAAACAAACGAAUCGUAUGUAGACGGUUCAAAUAACGUUUCUUGUUCCAAGUCUUUUUUUUAAGGAAAGUAUGAUGUCAUUUCUGGGUAGAGGAACAUUCUAGGUUAGGAUACGGAGCAAUGAUGAUUUUUUUUUGGUUGUUUUUUUUUUGUGGUGUAUUUUGGGAUUGUUUCUAGGGAGCAAACAUUUGAGAGAGACCGAGAGAGAGAGAGAGAUGCACAGAGCAAGACCGAGGCCCUUAAAAUGGCCGACUCCCUGCUAGCCACCCUGGACUACUGAACUAUGGCAGCGGACGGAUUGAGACACAGCCGUAGACUUUCCGGAAAGUUCAAAUAACACCUUAUUAAAAAUCUCUGAAAGAAUAGAUCGUACCACAACCGCCCUUGGAAAAAGAAAAGGUUCAAACAUCGGUUUUAUUCCUAGAAGAAGGAAACAUCUUGAAAAGUCUUUUUUUGGGGUAAAUACAAGUAGACUACAGACGAGAUAUAAACAAGCCCAGAACAUCCCUUUAAAAUAAAUAAAUAAAUAAAUAAAUAAAUAAAUAAAAGCUUUGGUUUGUCUUCCACAAAGAUUCUUCAUCUAGAUACUUGACACCGAACUGUGUGUCAAAAUCAGACCACAAGGUGAAAUAAAAUCGUUAAAAGCGUGGGUCGUACAGUAUAAUGGAGCACCAACGGAAAGCAGAAACCACUGAACUGUAGCGAAUACCGAAUGGAGAACACUAGAGCGCAUAAGACACCAGGAUACUGCCGUAACAAUCCGGAGGGACGCGCUGGAAUCUUUACAGAAACGAUUAACUAACUAAUCGCAGUUAGUCGGAAUCUUUUGACGAUUCCUGAUGCUAUCGUCAAUCAUCGAGCGAUUUCAAUCAGGCUACUAGUUUGUUUCUAUUUUGUGCGAACACAACGGAUCGAACAUCACAAGGCAGCAACAGAAAAUAUGGUAAAGGUAUCAAGCGACGAAUUGUGAACUCGAGUGACGUAGACGAGGUCGAGGGACCAUUCGAACACGCGACGUCUCCACUUACGGUUUUGUUUGUUUUUUGUUUUCCCCCCUAAGGGCAAAAACAUCUGGUUGAAGCCACGCCUACUCCAGUUCUAAAUAUCGACAGCACUGAAUACAGAUUGUGUCUUCAUCUUUUGUGUUCCCGUCUUUCUACAUACUCCUUAAGCAGGACGUUGACCAAGUACAGACGUUUUAGAGGACACAAGAUCGUAGUAUAAAAAAGCGUAACGUAGGCACUAAUAAACUAAAGGUCUAAUUGUUAGUGGCCUACAUUUCGUAAAUCCUGUGCUGCCACGUUAGUUAGACCAAACAUGGAACACUCAUGCUGCCAUACCGAAUAAUAUGUCAAAAUUAACGCACGUACAGUUCUGUUGAACCGUAGGCAAAUAUUUCUCUGAUACAUUCCAGCUAGGUUUAUUUAAUGCUACUAUUUCUUUUUGUUGUUUUUUUUUCCUUCUCUAUUAUUCUUACUGACCAUCAGCUCGUCUGCGUACGAGUUUUUAUCUGUCACUGUAAAAUCUAGACGUUUAGUGCAAUAUCCGUACCUGUAAAAGCACUCUGAUUUUUUGCUAACCUUUUAACGGUGGUAUAUUUUUGUAUACAUUGUUCUUCCUAUUUUUUCUCUAAAUGGUAGAUAUUUAAGCAGAACCCUGGGAAGAUUAUAAUGUAGGGUUCUUACUCAUACUUUGCACCUCACUGAUACUGAAUACAAUACCGACGUAAUGUUUGUAUGUGGUGUUUGUUUUUUUCCUCUCAAGCUACUGUAGCUAGCUACACGGACUACACGACUGACCAGCUGUUGCUAGUCCAGGAAAAAAAUUAACAAAAUAAACUAUCAACUGUUGCUAAA